UAUUUACGUAUAGAAUACGCCUAAAUGUUUGGAAACACGUAGCGAGUGUUUAUCUGAAUAGGAUAGUUGGAAAUAGAUCAUCCACAAGAUGGCAGCCAACAACAGCAAUAGCAAUAUACACAAUCUGGGGCCGGGGACGGGCGCGGGACUGCCGCAAUCCGUGAUUGCAUCCACGGGUACCCCCCUGGGGCCGACUCCGCCAGCCACCAGCAGUGCCUCACAGAGUGCCUGGGACCAGCUAACGGCGAGUGCCUCCAACAAUAUGUCGCCUUCGCCGACGGCUGGAGCGCCGACGGUGACGGGGCCCAUUUUAAGCGAUGCACCACCCUCCCUUGGUGGUGGACACAACAUGAGUGCCGGCAGCUCGCCAGUGGCCAGCUGCUCCUCCCCGUCAACGCCGACAAAGACGCACGCUCCGUCGCCGCUGGAGAGCAUGGCCCACACCCCGCAAGGACCACCCACGCUGGGUCCGGGCCCGGGUGGUUACGGUGAGGAAUUGACUGCCGAACUGGUGAACCAGGGCUGGCGAAAGUUCUGGUCCAAGCGGGAGAAUCGUCCGUACUACUGGAACAAGGUCACGGGCGAGUCGUUGUGGGAAAUGCCCGGCACGAGACCGUUCGAUCCUCUCACGGAUCCCCUGGGGAUUUGCCAUGCUGGCGGGGCCACGCCAAUUCCGCCACACAUGCAACAGCAGCAGCAGCACCACCACCAUCUGAAGCGAAGGCCCUCUGAUGACAUGCACAUCCAUCCGAAUCAGCAGCAUCAGCACCACGGGGGCGGUGGACCACCCAUGAAAAAGUUCGUCCUGGCCGGACCCUGGGACCUAGAGGUCUGCACCAAUGCGGUCAUUGUGGAGCGUCCGCCAACACUGCUACCCCAGCCCCAUCCGGAGGUUGAGGCACUGAGAGCAGCCCUAAGCAUGAAACUGCUGAAAACGUACGAGGAUCUGUGCAUGCGCAGGGAGAACAUCAAGGCGCCGAGAGACUCCUUCAAUCGCUGGCUGAUGGAGCGCAAGGUGAUCGAUACCGGGUGCGAUCCGCUGCUGCCCAGCAGCUGCAAGCCCGAGAUAUCCAGCGCCAUGUACCGCGAGAUCAUGGCAGAUAUACCCAUAAAGCUGGUGAAGCCCAAGUUCACUGGGGAUGCUCGCAAGCAGCUCUCCAGGUACGCCGAGGCGGCCAAGCAGAUCAUCGAGUCCAGAUCAGCGCCGCCCGAGUCGAAGAAGGUGGUCAAGUGGAAUGUGGAGGACACGUUCCAGUGGCUGCGGCGGACUGUGGGCGCCAGCUAUGAGGAUUUCCAGGAUCGCCUGGCCCACUUGAAGCGCCAGUGCGAGCCGCAUCUGGUGGAGACGGUCAAGAGUUCGGUGGAGACGCUGUGCGUCAAGAUCUACCAUCUGUCCGCGGAUCAUUCCCGCAAGAUACGUGAGCGGCACCUGCAGCUGUUGAAGGAGCAUGGCAUACCGGAGCCCACGCCACCGCCGCCGCCGCCGCACCUGAAGAAGGUAUGGUGCUACCCCAUCCAGUUUGCAGUGCCCUCGCCCCGCAUGCCGGCCAUCGAAUAUCUGCAGGAUCGCGAUCACAUGAUCAUCAAGUAUACGCCCGCAGCCAUCAAUCAGCCGGAUGCCCAGUACAUCAACCUCACCUAUCUGCAGAAGCUGGAGCAGCUCUAUCGCCACAACUGCUUCGACGACAAGAAGUUCGAUCUGUUCAUUGGCCGCGUGUGGUGCCUGCUGAAGCGGUACCAGACCUUCCUGGGCAACUCAUUGAACUCCUCGCAGGAAGCGGAGAUCACCCAGGCGGCCUUGCCAGUGCCGGUGUUCGAGUGCCUUCAUCGUCAUUUCGGUGUCAGCUUUGAAUGCUUUGCCUCGCCAUUCAAUUCCUAUUUCCGGCAAUACUGCUCCGCGUUCGCGGACACGGAUGCCUACUUCGGGUCCCGAGGGCCCUUCUUGGAGUUUAAGCCCGUGUCGGGGUCCUUCCAAGUGAAUCCUCCACAUUGUGAGGAAUUGAUUGAAGCUUCCUUGGUGCAUAUUGACAAACUGUUGACCGAUACCAUGGAACCGCUGAGCUUCAUUGUUUUUGUGCCCGAAUGGAAGAGCAUAUCUAGGCUGGACGAGAGCAUGUACAAGCGCCGCUCAAUGGUGGUCCUGGGCAUGGCCCACGAGUACAGGCAUGGCUACCAGCAUAUGUUGCAGAAAUCGGAAGUGCUUAUCAAGUGCAUGCAGGGCACCCAGGUGGUCUGGCUGCAGAACAGCGCCGGCUACGCACGCUGGGGACCCAAUGAGAAUCGUGUGGAGGCACUGCGCGAGGCCUUCCGGCCGCAGCGGGAUCGCGAGCGUGAACGGAUGGCAGUGGCUGCCGCCGCUGGGGCCAGCAGCCAUCCCAGCCAGCAAUCGCCAGCGGCCACGCCCCCAUCAUCGACAUCGGGAGCGGCCACAGUGGCGGCAUCAACGCCGACAACGUCCAGCACAGCAAACAGUGGCAGCGCCAGCAAUGCCACAGCCAUUACAACGAGCGCCAGCAGCAGCAGCAACAGCAUCCCAUCCCCAGCCUCAUCUUCUUCCAUUCUGACGCCACUUUCGCCACACACGCCCACUGGGAAUCCGCCGCCGCAGUUCCCGCCAACCAUAAGCAAUACGAGCAACAGCAGCAAUCUAGUGGCUGCCUCGCCCACAAUGAGUGUACAAAGUGACUGCUCAUCGCCCUCAUCGUCCACGAUGUCGCUCUCCCCGGCACCAGCCUCCGGCGGCUAUCCGGAUGGCGGGAGCUCGGCAACAGCGGCUGCUGUUAGCAUUACGGCCACGGCCAGCACUUCGGCGGCAAGCACUGCCUCAGCAUUUGGCCAGGCGACCAGCAUCAAUAGCUCAGCCACCACCCAGGCAGCCAUCAAUUCGGCUGUCUAGAAGGCAAGGAAAAGCCAAGGCUUAGCACACAGCAGAUAGCAGCCAGCAGACAGCAGCCAGCAGCCUGCUACUUCAAUACGAGUAUCCAUAUUGUUCUAUUUUUUUUUUUUUUUCUAUACUAUCUGUGCACUUUUGGGCUAAGUACCACAACCGUUGUGUUUACUUCAAUUAGGAUAAAUAUUAGGGGAUAUUGCAUGAGGAAAACAAUGAGUAAUUGGGGGACGGCUCCCACCACGCUGAGUGCCGAAGAAUCUAUCUAUCUUGUUAUACACUUUUUCUACGCUAUGCUAAAUCCUAUAUCUAUAUUGAUGAUGAGUUUUACAUUUUCAAUUUCUUGGCAUUCGGCUGCCGGGAUGUCCCCACCCCCCAAUACCCAAUCCGUUCAGUGUUAGGGCAAGCAACAAGUUAUACAUUUUAAGUGUAAAUAUGUUAUAUUUAAGUUGAAAUAGUUGAUAGACACCGGCCUGGCCGUCGUUUAUCUUACAAGCAUAAAGUACGAGAGCAUGAGAGCAUGCGUGUAGUAAUUAUAGUCCCCCCAAAACAAAGCUACCCGAAGAAAGGACUCGUAACGAUGCAUACAUAGUAUGGGUAGUGUGGGGCAUGGGUAUGGUACGUGGAUUUCCCAUCCUUGUUUUGGGGGGGCGUUGCAAAAUGGUUUUCCAUUCAACAAAACAGAAACUGAUACAAGAGCAUCAAAUAAUAAACCAACACACUGUAAUCAUACAUAUACAGAAAACGAA